ACUAACGGUUUGUGUGUUGAUGUGCUGUACYUUACGCGGUUCCAGUGCUCGUUUUUUCAUUCAGUAUCUGUGUAGUGCUUCAAUCGGUCGGACUUUUCUUGUGUCUCUUUCACCACACCAAAUCAAAACAAAUCUACAACAAAAUGACCACCUACUUCAACUACCCAUCCAAGGAAUUGCAGGAGGAGCUUAGCCGCAUUGCGCGUGCUAUUGUCGCUCCCGGCAAGGGUAUUCUCGCUGCUGAUGAGUCCGUCUCCACCAUGGGCAAGCGUCUGCAAGACAUUGGUGUUGAAAAUACCGAUGAACACCGUCGCUUAUACCGUCAGCUGUUGUUCUCCACCGACCCCAAAGUCGCUGAGAACAUUUCUGGUGUGAUUUUGUUCCACGAAACCUUGUACCAGAAGGCUGACGAUGGCACCCCAUUCGUUGAGCUUUUGAAGAAGCGCGGCAUCAUCCCCGGCAUUAAGGUCGAUAAGGGUGUUGUGCCAUUGUUCGGCUCCGAAGACGAGUGCACCACUCAGGGUUUGGAUGAUUUGGCUGCCCGUUGCGCCCAAUACAAGAAGGACGGUUGUGACUUCGCCAAGUGGCGUUGCGUCUUGAAGAUUGGCAAGAACACCCCAUCGUACCAAUCCAUCUUGGAGAACGCCAACGUUUUGGCACGUUAUGCCUCCAUCUGCCAAUCGCARCGCAUUGUACCAAUCGUUGAACCCGAAGUAUUGCCCGAUGGUGAUCACGAUUUGGAUCGCGCACAAAAGGUUACCGAAACUGUAUUGGCUGCCGUAUAUAAGGCYUUGAACGACCAUCAUGUCUACUUGGAGGGUACAUUGUUGAAGCCCAACAUGGUGACAGCCGGUCAAUCGUGCGCCAAGAAAUACACACCCGAUCAAGUAGCGCUCGCCACCGUCGAAGCUCUGCGCAGAACUGUACCAGCUGCUGUUCCCGGUAUCACCUUCUUGUCUGGUGGUCAAUCUGAGGAAGAGGCUUCCGUGCACUUGAACGCCAUCAACAACGUGCCAUUGUUGAAACCAUGGGCUCUGACCUUCUCGUACGGUCGUGCCUUGCAGGCUUCCGUUUUGCGUGCAUGGGCCGGUAAGAAGGAAAAUGUUGCCGCUGGUCAAAAUGAGCUCUUGAAACGCGCGAAGGCUAACGGUGAAUCCGCUGUAGGCAAAUACGUUGCCGGCAGUGUGGUCGGUGCCGGUGCUGAUGCCGCACUCUUCAUUGCCAACCAUGCUUACUAAACAACAACAACAACAACAAUAGCAACAACAAGUUAAGCAUGAAGUAGUGGAAGCGCUGACCUUGCUGUAAACGAGGGAGGAUUUGCUAAGUAGCACUAGAACUAGAGAGGAAAUACAGGCUUACGUAAAAUAGUGUCGAGAUGGAUUAUUGUUUGCAAUUUAUUUAUUAAGGAGAAAGUGACGCAGAUACAAAACAUAAGAGUAAUAUUAACAAAAAAAAAAAAACGACAACAAAUAUUCUACUAUAAACUAGUAGCAAGAAAACCAAAGCCGGAGGAACGACAACAACAAAUAAGAGUGUAAUACCAAAAAU